CUCCGGGCCUCCCCGGCCGCCGCGGCCCCAGCCCUCCCGCAGUGCAUUUGAGCAGCAGCAGGAGGCAGGUGGCGCGAUGGCGAGCUUGGGCAGCCUGCUGUGCGUGCUGGGCUUGCUCUUCUGCUGGGCGGCGAACCAAGGGCUGUCGCGACCCUCCAAGCGCACCACAGCGAAGCCCAUCAUUGGAAUAUUGAUGCAAAGAUGUCAGAGUCAAGAAAUGAAAAACCUUGGAAAAUACUAUAUUGCUGCCUCCUAUGUGAAGUAUCUAGAGUCUGCAGGUGCAAGAGUCGUACCAGUAAGGCCUGAUCUUACACAUAUAGAGUAUGAAGAAAUGUUCAAAUCCAUCAAUGGAAUCCUUUUCCCUGGAGGAAGUGCGGACCUGGUGCUCUCCGAUUAUGCCCAUGCGGCCAGAAUUUUUUACAAUUUGUCCAUGCAGAGUUUUGAUGAAGGAGACUAUUUUCCUGUGUGGGGCACAUGCCUUGGAUUUCAAGAGCUUUCAUAUCUGAUUAGUGAGGAACGCUUACUAACUCUCACAAAUACUACCUCAGUGCCAUUGCCGCUGAAAUUCACUGGAGGUGCAUUGAGAAGCAGAAUGUUCCAGAAUUUUCCUACUGACUUACUGCUUUCAUUAGCCACAGAACCUCUGACUGCAAAUUUCCACAAAUGGAGUCUUUCUGUGAAGAAUUUUACAAUGAAUGACAAGUUAAUGAACUUUUUCAAUGUAUUAACUACAAAUACAGAUGGCAAGAUAGAGUUCAUUUCAUCAAUGGAAGGAUAUAAAUAUCCGGUAUAUGGUGUGCAGUGGCACCCUGAGAAAGCUCCGUAUGAGUGGAAGAGCUUAAGCGGCAUUUCCCACGCACCUAAUGCUGUGAAGACUGCAUUUUACUUAGCACAGUUCUUUGUUUCUGAAGCCCAGAAAAAUAAUCAUCACUUUGAGUCUGAACAGGAAGAGAAGAAAUCACUGAUCUAUCAGUUCUCUCCAUUUUAUACUGGAAAUAUUUCUGUAUUUCAGCAAUGUUAUAUGUUUGAUUGAGAAUCUUUGAUGUGUUAACAGAGCAACUUUGGGUAAUUACCUGAUUAAACUGUUGUAAAUUGCUACUUAUGGUAAUGUGAGAAACCAGAGACCCCUUUUCUAUGUGACUGACUCUGAUGAUUUUUUUCUGUUAUAUUUGAUAAAUCAACAGUGAGAUAGAUAAAUAAUCAAUGUUCUUCAUGGAAAAGACUUCUUAUAUAUGAAGAUUGAAAAAGCUUAAUUUAUUCAAAAUAUAAAUUUUUUUCCUCAUUGAUUGAUACUAGAAAUAAAUGUCAUCCUCUACCCACCUAC